AACUCCCUUAUCUCUCACUUAUUUUUUCUGAUCGUCGCCUUUGCACCCAUUCAUAAAGAAAAGAAAAGAAAAGAAAAGAAAAGAAGAAGAGGAAGACGCAAUCUUUUUGUUCUUUUAUGGUUUUGGUUCCUUUGAAAUCGAUCUGUAAUCUCAUUCUGACUUUUAUCUAGAAACCCGACCCGGAAAGCCAUGAGAGUCCAUCCAAUUCUUAACAACAACACAUUGAUCCACCACCAUCAUCACCACAACCCGACCCGAGAACCCGGAAAGAAUCUCCGUCGCUUACCGCACAUCUUCAACCGCGUUCUCGAGCUCCCGUUGAGGUCCGAAGCAGACGUCGCCGUGGAAGAGAACCCCGAUUGCUUCAGAUUCGUGGCGGAGACGGACGGUCUUCGCGGCGGCGGAGGGGAGAUGACGGCGUAUAUGGUGGAGAUCCAUCCGGGUAUUACCAAGAUCGUCGUUAGGACAAAUGGGUUGUCUUUGGGUUUGUCGUUGGAUGAGUUGGAGCUCGAUGUCUGGCGUUUUAGGCUUCCGGAGACGACGAGGCCUGAGCUUGUUACGGUCGCUUGUGUUGAUGGGGCUUUGGUUGUUACGGUUCCUAAGAUGGUUUCAGAGGAAGAUGAUGAUGGUGGUUUUGGACAAGGUGUGGGAAGUGGGAGGCUACUUCUUGUUUUGUAAAAUCGAGCAAUGUCUGUUUUGGAUUAAGACAGCUUAUGUAACGAUGGAAUUCUAAAUAUGAAUAUGUUUUCAUUUGAAUC